AUGUCGGUAAACACCAUUACACAAUCGUUGGCCUCGUUGGGACUCAAACAGACUGAGGCUCCAUCGGAGGCCUCCCAUCCUGACUACAAUGUUGUGGAUGUGAUGAGAAACUACAUUACUGACGAAGUGCACUCCAUCACUGGCAUCGCCAAGGAUGUGAUUUUCCCUGCUUUGGACCAGCCCAAUGUCAUGGAAAAGGGUGACUUGCUUGUUCCAUUGCCUAGAUUGAGGCUUCCUAAGGGCACGGAUUUCAAGGCCAAGGCUGCUGAAAUCGCUGAAAAGUUCAACAAGGGUGGCUUUAUCUCUGACGUUAAGGCUGAGGGCCAGUUCUUGCAGUUUUUCUUUGAGCCAAAGACUCUUUUUAACCUUGUGGUGAAGGAUUCGUUGGUCAGAACCAGCGAGUACGGUUACUUGCCUCUUGGCGUGGGUAAGAAGGUUGUCAUUGAGUUCUCUUCUCCUAACAUCGCUAAGCCAUUCCACGCUGGUCACUUGAGAUCCACUAUCAUUGGUGGUUUCUUGUCCAACUUGUACGAAAAGGCUGGCUGGGACGUCAAGAGAGUCAACUACCUUGGAGACUGGGGUAAACAGUUUGGUUUGUUGGCUGUUGGUUUCGAGAAGUACGGUGACGAGGAGAAGUUGGCUUCUGACCCAAUCAACCACUUGUUUGAAGUUUACGUGAAGGUAAACAAGGACAUCACUGAAGAGGGCGAGAUUGAAGGCGGUACUAACGAUAAGGCCAGAGCGUACUUCAGAAGCAUGGAGAACGGCGAUGAGAACGCUUUGAAGAUCUGGAAGAGGUUCAGAGAGUUGUCCAUUGAGAAGUACAUUGACACUUAUGGUCGUCUUAACAUUAACUACGACACUUACUCUGGUGAGUCCCAGGUUUCCCAGGAGUCUAUGAAGAACGUUACCAAGAUCUUCACCGAGAAGGGCUUGAUCCACGAGGACAGGGGCGCUAAGCUCAUUGACUUGACUAAGUUCAACAAGAAGUUGGGCAAGUGUCUUGUUGAGAAGUCCGACGGUACCUCUCUUUAUUUGACCAGAGAUGUCGGUGAGGCCAUCAGACGUAAGGAAUUGUUCAACUUCGACAAGAUGAUCUAUGUUAUUGCUUCCCAGCAAGACUUGCACACUGCUCAGUUCUUCGAGAUCUUGAAGCAGAUGGGCUUCGAUUGGGCCAAGAACUUGGAGCACGUGAACUUCGGUAUGGUCCAGGGUAUGUCCACCAGAAAGGGUACUGUUGUCUUCUUGGACAACAUCUUGGAGGAAACCAAGGACAAGAUGCAUGAAGUGAUGAAGAGAAACGAGAGCAAAUACGAGCAGAUCGAGGACCCAGAGAAGGUUGCCGAUUUGGUUGGUAUUUCCGCUGUGAUGAUCCAGGAUAUGCAAGCUAAGAGAAUCAACAACUACGAGUUCAAGUGGGACAGAAUGCUUUCGUUUGAAGGUGACACCGGUCCAUACUUGCAAUACGCUCACUCUCGUUUGAGCUCCAUGCAAAGAAAGGCCAACAUCUCUGAAGAGAAGUUGCAAAACGCCAACUUUGACUUGUUGACCGAGCCAUGCGCUGCCUCUUUGGUCAGAGUGUUGGCCCAAUACCCAGAUGCCAUCAAGAAGGCCUUGAAGACCAACGAACCAUCUGCCAUUGUCACUUACUUGUUCAACCUUACCCAUAUUGUUUCUCAGUGUUACGAUAUCUUGUGGGUUGCUGGCCAGGAAGAGGAGUUGGCUACUGCUAGAUUGGCAUUGUAUGCCUCUGCCAAACAGGUGUUGAACAACGGUAUGAAGUUGUUGGGCUUGACUCCUAUGAGCCAGCCUCUGAGCAGCACGUUGCAACUGCGGCUGGCGUUGUCUGCGAUGGAGUUUGAAAGUACUCUUACGUUCUUUCGACUUUUGAAAGUGUCCCAGCUCAAGGACCUCUGCAAGUCGGUUGGGUUGGCCCUCAAGGGGAAGAAACAGGAUCUUUUGGACCGCCUAGAGCAAUAUACACGGUCGUGCUACGCUGCUGGCGAGAAUAUACGGCUUCUAGCGAUCAGAUCUGUGGUGCUUAAGAUGCUCAACCAUGACCCAGUGCCAGACUUCCAUAAUCUUUGCCAUGCGCUUCAACUGGGGCUUAUAGACUUUCAGCAGUUGCUGCAGCAGAAUAUCCAGCAGAACACUCGCCUUACGUCGGGUAUGGGCCAGGUUACACAGCGUAAAGUACCUCCUCAGCAGAGUCCAUCGAACCAUCCUAUGGCUGGAGGCUACUCAUCAGGGAACACUCUGCACGGCUCAUUAUAUUAUCCACGCUAUACGGGACCCAUGCUCCUUUUCCCUAGCACGUUGUUCUACCAGCUAAUACGAAUGGUGCAUGGCUUUCCAUAUAUGAUGGUUGCUUCCAAAGGCAGAAAUGUGUGUAACGUUCCUGUCAGCUUGAACCCCGAGGAGAUCGAGCUUCUACAACUGCAACCGGACGCCCGCUUGUAUUUAUUCUCUGGCCUUUCGUCCACGCCGAACCCUGCAAAGACACCUAUCCAGUUUCCUCCAAUCGAGAUCCACGUCGAUGGCAUUAAUACAAAACAGUACGUGAAGGGUCUCAAGGGUAAACCAGGCACUUGCCGUCCAGCAGACUUGACAAAGUAUGUCAAUAAUCUCCGAAGACAGUUUACUGUGAAUAUCGUAUACUCAGAUGCUAUGGAGCCAUAUAUCCUUUACAUGUACAUUGUGCAUGCUAAGACACCCGAGACAUUGGUGGAACUGAUAGAAAACGGAGGGAGCCAUAUUCCUCUGGAGGUCACUACCAGAGCUAUUCAGCGUGAUUACGAGCUGAAUCAGGAUGAUGAUAUUGUCAUGGAUACUUCUUCCAUCUCUCUACGAUGUCCUUUAACAUAUGCGAGAAUGAAGCACCCGAUGAAAUCCACCUCAUGCGACCAUGUCCAAUGUUUUGAUGGUUUGUCAUUCCUUACGAUGCAAGAGCGGAUCCCUUCUUGGAUCUGCCCUGUCUGUUCGGCUCAAAUAGACCAAAAUCUGCUUGCCGUUCUGGAUUACAUGAAAGAUAUUCUACUGAAGACUUCUGAAGAGGUUGACACUGUCAUGCUUAAUACUGAUGGUUCAUGGGCAAUUCAAACGGAAGGAGAUGUGAAUCCAAAGAAUGAAUCUCCAGCUGCUCCUCCAAAAAGCCCCAGUGCGGCCGCUUCAGUUCCUCCAGCAUCCGAAAAAUCAGUUGAACCUAAUGAAUCGAUUGAAGUGAUCUCCCUAGAUAGUGACAGCGAGGACGAAGCUUCUCCUCCUCCCCCACCGCAAGCUCAAUCUUCAGAGCCACCAAAACCAGCUGAGAGAUCGGCGCAACAUUCUCCACAACUACAGCCAAGUCCUUCGAACCAGUUCCGUCCUCCACCGCAAGUGCAAUCAAAUCAAGGACAACCACAACCACUGUACCAGCGUCAGCAUCACACAACGAAUGAAAAUGUUCAAAGACAUCUUUCUCAGCAGCAUCGAAGACCAUCCAACGCAUCCGUGGCAUCUACAGCUUCAGAUGCAUCGGGCCAUUCUCAGCGUCCAGCUCCAUCAAAUCCUAACAGAAUGAAUUCCCCUGUCAUGCAACCUUCUUCUUGGCGUAAUGACGGAAGGACUGGUAGUAUUGCCAGUAAUGCAAGUGGUAUGAGUGGAAUGAGUGGAUUAAGCGGUUUAAGUGGAAACAGUGGAAUGAGCGGCAUGAGUGCCAAUAGCGGAAUGAGCGGUAUGAGCGCCCAGAGUGGAAUGAGUGGAAUGAGCGGAAGAAGUGCAAUGAGUAAUUUGAGUGCUCGUACUGGUCUUAGUGCUUUGAACAGUUUAGGUGGAAGUCCAGCCAAUGGCAGGAAUGAUGCCCCAGGUUUCCACCGUACUCCACCUAUCAGCCAUGCCCUGCCACCUCCAUCCCACCAGCUGCCACCAAAUCAAGGCAAUGGAAGACCUCAACUUCCUCAGCCUCAAUAUUCGUCGUCGUUUCCUCAAGCGCGUGGUCCUAACCAGAGCCUUCCAUUACCUCCAGCUCUUACCUCAGAAAGUAACUGGAAUGGUAACGCACAAGAGAAACCAGUGGAAGUGGAGGAUUUGUCUUCUGACAAUGAACCGCUUGCUAAUCGUCAUGAUACUCCUGAUGAUGUGCCUCUUAUCCAGCAUCGUCGUCGCAAGGCACCUGUCAUACCAGACGAACAUGAUCUGAGCUCGGAGGCUCGUCCUUCUCUACCGUCAUUGAGGACAGCGACACAACCAGAUCCACGUUCAAGAGAUGUGCACAUGAGUCCCCCUCUGGUUUCUAAUAGAUCUACUCUGGCAUCAUCUCAUGUGUCUCCUUCGGUAUCUCAUCAAGGUUCGCCUGUGCUUCCUGCGCCCGGGAAUACUCUGCAACAAGGUGUUACAAGAUUACCUUCGAUUAACACGUUGACUCCGGGGUUACGUCAGAAUGCUCUGCCUGUUUCAAGAGAAGCUUUCCAACCACGAUGGCCACAAAGCAAUGGAAGUGGAAAUGCGAGUGGAAGUGCAAGUGCAAGUGCAAGUGGAAGUGGAACCGAGAAUGGGUCUGCUGCUCCAUCAAAUGCAUCUGAGAUCGGACGGCCUUCUCUCCUGCCAUACAUGAAUCCUCAGCCAAUUGUGAACAACCAGAACAUGCUCCCACUCCAUCCACUGGCUCCUAAACCUGUUUUCGGAUGGAGAAUCAAUAAUGGCACACCUAACGCAGCUGCCAAGAGCAACGGCGAAGAACAAAGAGCUGACAGUACGAAACCACCUACGAAACCCUCGUCGCCUCAACUGGAUCAGACAAAUAGAACUACAGCUGUUGGCGAACUGACUGAUAGGACUGGCUCGGAGUCUCGUAAUGCUGACGAAGCUCAACAAGAACCAGCUGGUUCAGCCCAAUCAACGGCAAUGGAAAAGCCGGGCCCUGUACCACUUCAGACAGGGGAUUCGAAUGGAUCUCACAGCGGCAGUUCGCCAGUGGUGGUUGCCUCUGAUUCUGCUUCCAGUAUUCCAGGCGAAGGAACACAAGCCAAUGAGAAGACUAAUAGCUUUGAGCAGAGGGCAAGAUCAACUCUGUCAAUCCCGCAACGUCCACUGGAUUCUGAAAAUGGUGGAACCGACAAAAGACCAUCACUCCAACUGCAGCAUCAUUCAACUGGAAACGUUGGUAGCGAUAAUUCUGAGAAUAAUCGUCAAAAUGCCAUUGCUGAGCGGUACCGCCAACUUAUUCUGACGUCAUCUUCCCUUAUCAAUAACUACAACAGAAUGGCACUCAAUCCAAGUCAGAAUCCUCCAAAUAACAGUGGUAUUCCAGUCAGACCUUCGCUUCCACAGUCAUCCAGCCCUCCGCUUACCACUCCAAGUCGUCCAAGUAGUAACGGUCCUUCCCAAGCUCAAUCAGCUCAUGGUUCAAAUGAAAGACCGCAAGAAUCGGCCACCAGCGAUACAAGCAACAAGGCUGCCCCAGCUGCGCCAGCUGCACCUUCUGAACAGCGAGUGGUGAAUCAACAGUUCAAGCUUAAUAGAGAUCUCCAAGGCAAUGAGAGCAGCGUUGUGUCCGUGAGUCCAUUAAAUACUUCAAAGCAGCUGGGAGAUCAGCCACAGAAGACCACAGAGCAGACGAGUUCAAACAAUAAUGGAGCUCAAGAGAAGCCUUCGGGCCCAACUAUUAUAGUGAGAAACGAUGGACCGCCUAAAGCUCAAGUUGCUACAAACAAGGCUGAAUCGCUUCCUGAAAAGCCAUCUGAGAAGACUCAACUUGAACAAGGCAGGCUGUCUGCUCCUACAGCUCAUCCACAACCGGCAAGAAGUGAGAAUUAUUCUAGAUCUGCAUUUGAUGUGUUGACUGAAGAAGAUGCAUUAGAAAAGAUACGAGGUGUAUUGGGCAUUGAAGUUUCUGGUAACAUCCUAAGAUCAAGAAGUCCAUUUGCCAAAGUUGCUGCUGCUGCUGCCGCUAACACAGAAAGUGAAAGGCCACAACCAGCUCAAACUGCACCACAAGCAACUCCAGAAGCCAACCGUGUACAAGAACAACACAACGGAGACAGUACAUCACCUAUUGACAGCCGAAUCGAGCAAAUGUCAAUCGAAACGCCUAGUGGGAAGAAGCGGUCUAUACUGAACUCAUCAUCAGAACGUUCAUGGAACAAACGACUCAACAGACAAGGACUGAAAAAGUUUGACCCCAGCGAAAUCAAUUCCUCACAAAUCAUAGAGCUUGACGACUAA